AUGGAAAUAGAAGAAGUCAGGCCACCCCGAACAAAACUUCGCCUUUACGCAAUCCUCAUCGGUCUCUACCUCUGCGUCUUCAUCGGCGCCCUCGACGAAACCAUCCUCGCAACCUCCAUCCCCACAAUCGCCUCCCAGCUCCACUCCGCCACGGGCUACGCCUGGAUCGCCUCCGCCUACUUCCUCGCCAACGCCGCCAGCGGCCCCAUCUGGGCCAAAUUCUCCGACAUCUGGGGUCGGAAACUCGCUCUCCUCUCCGCCGUCGCCAUCUUCUUCGCCACGAGCAUCAUGGCUGCGCUGAGCAAUACCAGUCGUGUGCUCAUCGCUGCACGGGCACUCCAGGGAACCGGUGCUGGGGGACUGAAUCAGAUCGCGCUGAUUGUGAUUUCGGAUUUGUUUAGUAUGCGGCAGCGGACGAUUUUCUUGGGGUUGACGAAUGUUUGUUGGGGACUGGCCGGGGGUGUGGGACCACUGUUAGGGGGCGCGUUCACGGAGUAUGCAAGUUGGCGGUGGUGUUUCUGGGUGAACCUGCCGAUCUGUGCGGUGUCGUUUGUGCUGUUGGCUCUGUUGCUCGAUGUGCAUAAUCCGCGGACGGGGUUGCGGGAUGGGUUUAAGGCUUUCGAUUGGUUGGGUACGGUGGCGAUUGUGGGUGUUACGCUGAUGGUGCUGAUGGGGUUGGAUUUUGGCGGAGUGACUUUUGCGUGGGAUUCUGCUACAGUCAUCUGUCUGAUCGUUUUUGGGGUCCUCCUCAUCGGGUUCUUCGUCUUCGCGGAGAAGAGAGUGGCGAAGUAUCCCUUGAUGCCGAUGCAGAUCUUCUCCAACCUCUCCACCAACGCCUCCUUCCUCGUCUGCUUCACCCACGGCAUGGUCUUCAUCGGCCUAGACUACUACACGCCCCUCUACACCCAAUCCGUCAAAGGCGCCACACCCCUACAAUCCGGCCUCCUCGUCCUCCCCGAAGUCCUCCCCUCCGCCGUCAUCGGCGUCCUAGCCGGCUACCUCAUGCUCAAAACAGGCCACUACCGCGAAGUCAUCUGGCUCGGCGCCGCGCUCUUCACCCUCGGCACAGGACUAUACAUCAUGUUCGACAUCACCACGACGAUCGGCUUGCUCGUCGGCGUGGAAGUCAUCGCGGGCCUCGGGAGGGGCUUCCUCUUCGAACCGCCCAUGGUCGCUCUCCAGGCCGUCACGGCGCAGGACGACACGGCGGCCGCGACGGCGACGUUUUGUUUCACGCGAAAUAUGGCGACGACAAUGUCCAUCGUCGUCGGCGCCGUCGUCUUUCAAAACGGAAUGGAUCAGCAGAGCCCGGCGCUCCGCGCGGCGGGGCUGAAUAACACGCUCGUGGAAGCCUUCUCGGGCGCGAAUGCACAGGCGAAUGUGGAGAUGAUUAACGCGAUUCAGGAUCCUGGGCAGAAGAGGGCGGUGGAGGCUGCGUUUGCGGACGGGAUGAAGGAUAUGUGGAUUAUGUAUACGUGUAUUAUUGCUGUGGGGUUGGUGGCGAGUUUCUUUAUCAAGCAUGCGGAUUUGAGGACGGAGCAUACGGAGACGAGGACGGGGAUCUUGAAGAGGAGGGAGGGGGAGGUUGGUGAGGAAGCGUAG